AACAACUGUAAAGGAAGUUGAGAUGGAAACUCAAUUUCUUGGAGGAAACGUAGUAGCCAAGUCAACUUACUCGUCGUAUGUGCCAUUGCCCUAUACUCAGCCUCAGUACUGGAUCUUGCUACCACGAGUUGUUUCUUACUUUUCCAUGAGAGAACAUUACCUCCUAAGAAAGUACAAUAACCAGUGGUUAAUCUCCGAUCAGAAGGAGAGCUAG